CGAAAACAUCAGUCUUCUUGAAAUAAUUGCAAAAAAAAGACGUGUUCGUCAUUAUUUUUAGCAUUUUCGUUGGUUACUUAUUUUUUUUCAUUAGGUUUUUUUUCGAAAAAAAAACAACAACAAUAAAAAUAAACAUUUUCGUAUUUUUAAUCUAUCGCUAAACAAGAUGAAGCAGGUGAAAGCACUUCUCGCUUAUAUGACCAUAUUUUUGAUCAUUAUAAGUUUUGUCAACGCAGAAGUCAGUAAAUCUAAAUCAAAGGGGAAAAAAUUCGAUCGAACGAUUAAAGUAAAUGGAAAAGACUUAACAAGAAAAAGUAUAGUAUUUGACAAAGAAACACCUGAUGUUUUUUACUGCAUCCCAAAUAAACCGACAGAAGAAGAUAAAAUUAUCGUAAGAUCACGGCCGAUUCAUAAACUUUGCGAGUUCGAAGGAAAUAUUCCAGAAAAAUAUGAGCCGGACUGCUAUAAAGAUGUGGAUGAAUCAGAUUAUGCAUGCAAAGAGAAAUACAGAAUAUUUAUGCGACGCUUCCCUCCAGGUUCUGAGAAGCCAUAUAAUGGAACCAAACUCCUGAAAUUUAUGCUGAUGGACGACAAUAUUAAACAGACCAAGAAAACUGACAAAAUUACACACAACUAACUUAAAAUUGAAGUAAAAAAUAUAAUGAAACAAAACGAGAAAACAACAACACAAGACUAACACCGACAAUUGACGCUGACCUAUUCUGUCCUUAACACAUUCUUAUAAUGAAACUUCUCUAAUGGAGUUGUUUUCAGUACAUUGAGUUCUUUAAUCUCACCCACAUAAAUGAUGUUCUAUAAACUGUAGAAUUCCAUUCAUGUGUCGAAUUUUCUCUCGUCUAACACAGCAUUUUUCUUAUCGCUAAUUUAUUUUUAUGGCAUGAAAAACCAAUAUAAUUUAGACUGAAUAAAAUGGUUUUAUUUCAAUUUUCUAAUUACAAUUCAUGUAAAACAUCUAA